CUAGCCGCCGCCACCGUUUCAGUUCUCCGUUAUGGCAACGGAGCUGCCAUCCCCUCUCCGGCUUGAGGCACCGGGCCCCCCAGAAAUGAGGACCCCGCUGACUAACGAGGCCGCCCCCGAGGGCACCCUGCAGUCGGCGGGCGGCAAGCUUCGAUUCCUGAAUGGCUGCGUGCCCCUCUCGCAUCAGGUGGCCGGGCACAUGUACGGGAAGGACAAAGUGGGUAUACUACAACAUCCAGAUGGCACAGUUUUGAAACAGUUACAACCCCCUCCACGGGGUCCAAGAGAGCUGGAAUUCUAUAAUAUGGUAAGUGAGGUAUAUGCUGCUGAUUGUAGUGACAGUGUUCUUCUAGAGCUACGAAAAUAUCUACCCAAAUAUUAUGGCAUUUGGUCACCUCCCACUGCACCAAAUGAUUUAUACCUAAAACUGGAAGAUGUGACGCAUAAAUUUAAUAAGCCCUGUAUAAUGGAUGUAAAGAUAGGGCAAAAAAGCUAUGAUCCUUUUGCUUCAUCUGAGAAGAUUCAGCAACAGGUCAGCAAGUACCCAUUGAUGGAAGAGAUUGGGUUUUUGGUGCUUGGCAUGAGGGUCUAUCAUGUUCAUUCUGAUAGCUAUGAGACACAGAACCAGCACUAUGGAAGAAGCUUAACAAAAGAAACAAUAAAGGAUGGAGUCUCCAGGUUUUUUCAUAAUGGGUUCUGCUUAAGAAAAGAUGCUGUUGCUGCCAGUAUUCAGAAGAUUGAGAAAAUUCUGCAGUGGUUCGAAAGCCAGAAGCAGCUUAACUUUUACGCAAGUUCAUUACUGUUUGUUUAUGAAGGUUCAUCUCAGCCAACCACUACAAAAACAAAUGACAGAACUUUGGCAGAAAAAUUGUUGUCCAAAGGACAGCAGUUAGACACAGAAGUACUGGAGUACAAUAAUAACUUUCAUGUGUUAAGUUCCAUGGCAAAUGGAAAAAUAGAGCCUUCAGUAGGCAAAAGCUUGUCUAAAAUGUAUGCUCGUCACAGAAAAAUGUAUUCUAAAAGGCAUCACAGUCAGACUUCAUUGAAAGUUGAAAAUACGGAGCAAGACAAUGGGUGGAAGAGCAUGUCACAGGAACAUUUAAAUGGAAAUGUAUUUUCCAAACUGGAAAAAGUUUUCUACCACCUUCCCACUGGUUGUCAAGAGGAUGCAGAAGUAGAAGUGCGAAUGAUAGAUUUUGCUCAUGUGUUCCCUAGCAAUACAGAAGAUGAGGGAUAUGUUCAUGGGCUAAAGCAUUUAAUUACUGUACUGCGAAGUAUUUUGGACAAUUGAAUCCUUUGCUGCAAUCUUUUUUAAGGGAUGGGCCAAUCAUAAUGAAGAGCAACAGUCAGUAUCUCUGUCCUUGUAAUGCUAUGUAAAAAAUUUGUAUUGUAUGUCUGCAUUUUGUUUGUCUAUAUACUUUUGGUAGAAGGGUUAACUUUUUUAUGAUCUUACUCAGGAAAACUAAUUAUUUGUUCAAUGGAAAACUAUGAAGAAUAAAGAAACUUAAGAAUAUUAAGCAGUAAGCAGGGAAUGUGGUGGUACAUGGCUUAAACAUCUAUUUGACUCAAGCAAAACACAAACCAUUGUUCGGUCAUUAAGAAUUUAGUUUGCUCUCUGCAGCCAAUUUAUUGUGAAAUCUCAGCCUGCCCAACGUUGACAAUGAGCCAUAUCUAAACUGUUGAAUUAUUAGAACACCUACAGAAAUCUAGAAAAAACAGGUUGAUGUCCGUAGUAUGCUAUGUAUGAAAUUAAUAAAACUGGAGAAGAUUCUACUUCAGAAAUAAGUACUGUUUAGGUUCUGUAUUAAAAGUUCAGACCAGCAUAUCAAAAGGUGCUUCACAGUGAAAUGAUUUAGAAUUGCUGCAUUCCAAAAUCAGGCUUUCCUUUUAAUUUCCAUUUAUAUGUAUUUCAAAAAAGUAUAUAUACUUCAUGAAAAAGUUAUUGGAGUGAACAACAACAACAAAAAUCUUGAAAUUAAUGGCACUAAUUAUUCUUGCCAGGAUUAGAAGAGAGGUUAUUUGCAAGGAACAAAGUACUUUUAUUCUGAAAUCUUUCAUCUAUGGAAAAAUGGAAAUAUAUGUUUAAUACAUUAUGAAAAGUGUUGUAAACCAUAUAGUACCUUUUUCUCUAAUAGCAGCUUCAAAAAGGUAGAUGAUUGAAGUUUUGUCUUAUUUUUCCUUAUGUAACUUCUGAGUUUUAAAAAAAGUCCUCAUUUAGUUAAAUAGUAGUAUAAACAUGUUGCUAAAUAUUGUUCUUAUAAUUCUAAUAAGCAAAGUAGUAACAACAUCUAAUAGUGUGAGUAUUAAAAUACUGUAUAUGUUAAUUAGCCAUAUAGAGUUGAGUGCGUAGCCAAGUCCUUGCUUCCAUUUCACUCUUAUUUUAAAAAGUUUUAUGUCAUAUUCAGCAGAGAAAUUUAUUAAAAUUUAAUUCCAUGGGGAUUGAGGGGCAAUCCUACUUUUCCUGGAAGAAUUAGAUGUUCAAGUAUUGUCUGUUUUACACCAUCACCUUUUAAAAAACAUAUUUAUUUGUUAUUAAAAACAUUUAAAACUUUGAAAUUAAAUUUGUAAACAUGUUUGAUGUUUAUGUUUUCACUGCUUGCAUUUUGAGUCACUAAUAACACUUAUAAGUGGUUGAACAGUUUUGCCAUAUUUCUAGAAAUGUUUUGGAGUUGUAAAUUGUUUGACUUUUUUUUCCCUCCCCCCCCCCAUAAUUACAAAUUAAACUUUUAAAUCAAUACCUUUUUUUGUAUUGUGGAAGAAAGUAUCACAAUUUUAUGUUUACCUCACUGUUUCACCUCUUUCUGAGGGCACUUUGCAAAUACCUGAAGCCAAACAGAAGUACCAUAUGCUUUAUGAAUUCAAUGCUUAGUAAACUUAUUAAACCUGAAUGACUUUCAAAUUCAUAUGCAUUUUAUUAGAGCAAAAUUUGAUUGCUUUACAUUUUUAAUUUAGAGUCAGUGUAAGUAUUUUCCAUAGAGAUUUCAUGUUUUUUCUAGAGACUGCCUAAAUGGGUAUUGGCUGUGUAGCUUAUUUUUGUGGAGAUGAAUUUCAAGGCAUAAUUAGUCAGAAAAUUUUUAGUUUUACAUUUUUUUCCUAUAAUGUGGACUUUUGUUGUUGUUGUUUGGAAAAUAGCUCAAUAAAUCUUAAGCUGUGACAGUUAACACCAUUUUGAGUCUUACUUAAAGAGACAGAGCUUUUUUUUUAAUAUAUGGGAUGGCAUCAGCCUAUGUACAAUGAAUUUAAUAAACUUAAGUAUUACCAGAUAUUUUGCACAUUUUUAGCCCAGUAAAGUCUGAAUCAACUGUUCCAGGUUAUCCAUAUUUGGAAAUACAGGUUUAUAAAAUUAAUCUUAUCUUUUUUAUACAAUAUAUUAUGUUUCUUUUUGUUUGUUUUAAUAAAACAAGAAGAGUUUUGUCUUUUUGUUUUUCAGGGAAGGGAUUAACAUUUAAUUCUGUUUGUUUACAUUUUUACAUCACUGUUAUCCAAGACCCAUUUUAUGUUACUUUACAAGUGAGCUUACAUGUAAUAGAGUUCGUAUCAAUUUAUGUAAUCUACACGUGACUAUUUUACUAUCUAGGCUAGUCAUUUAAGAUAAUGCUAAAUUUGACUACUGGGGGUGGGGAUGAAUGAUCAUGACUCACCAAGCAUAUUUGAACAUAUAAAUGUUUAAGAUGAAGCAAAAUAAGGAUAUAGUUUGGGUUAAUAGGAUUAUCAUAGUCCCCCCUGUUCCCACCCAGGAAACAUAAAUAAUGAUUUUAGUGUAUUUCUUAUGGAAUGAGAUUAUAAAAAGGACUUCAAGAAAUUGUUGAUAAUGAAUAAUACAUUUCUCUAAUAAGAAUUUAAAUUGUAUAAUAGUUUUAUAAUAAAGUAUUUACAUUAAUUGAUAUUUUAAUAUAGAUGGAAGUUGCAAAUGGAUGAAAAGUCAAUAAAAUGAUAAUUAUUUUAUCUAAAUAGUUUUCUAAUAAACAGUUAUGAAAAUGUGUAUAUUAAAUGGCUCGAACAUGGAGCCUGUGGUAUUUUCAACUCACUACUCAUUAUUCCUUAUGUGUCAGGGAAGAUUAUAUUUAUGCCUCUUUUACACUACAAUUUGCUGUUAGAUUGUUUUCAACUGAGUAAGAAUUUUUUUCCUGAAUUUUUAUCGAGUAAAACUUAGUAUUUUAUGAUUUCCAAGAGGAUGUUUCAUUUAUAUAAAGACUAUAUAUCAAAUUUAUAACAUAACUUAAGAAAAAGGAGUUAAUUUCUAGAGAUAUUUCAGUUGCAAUUUUAUUGUUUCUUGUAACUGAAAACACAUUUAUUUCUAGUAUUUGGAAUAUUGUAGAAGACCUAGAAUGAAGGAAAGCGGUAAAGCAGUGCAAGAAUUAAUUUGUGAAAUUACAGAAAUUGCUUCCAUUAUUUUAAAGUGUCAUCAUUUUAAUACCAUUUUCUUUAGCAGUUUGGCAUUUGUUACCUAAAACUUAAUUUGCUUUAAAAAUGGUUUAUAAUACUUUGUAAUUAUUGUUCUUAUUCAGUGCCUUUAACAAGCUUGAUUUAUUUGUAACCCUAAUUCUUCUUUUUUGUUUUUUUUUUACAUCCCAUAAUGUUGUUUUCAUAGUCUAGGAGACAUCCGUUUCUUUUAAAAUUUUGUCAGUUUGGUUAUGUAAAGAGGUAGCAAUUGUAUAUUAAUGCUUUGAAUAAACAAUUAGGAUUGCCUUUGGAUGUCAGACUUCUUAGUUCAUUCAAAAAUAUUUAUUGGAUGUUUACCACAUGCCAAGCAUUUUUGGACUCCAAAUAUACAGUUGUGAACCAAUCAGAAAAGUUCCUAACCAGUUCCAGCAUUCUGUCUAGAUGGCAUGGGGGUAGAGAAUUGAUUAAAAUAGAGAUACAAAAAUAUGCAUUUAAAGAUAAUAAAGAUAACUAGCAUUUGGGCCUGUAUAAAGAUAAGUAUUGAGUCAAGAUGAAGCAGCUAACAGUAUGUUAAAGAUGUUAAGAAUAAUGUUUUGCAGCAUUGUAACCUCUAUUUGACUUUUGAGUUUGUGUAGUAAUUAUAGAUAGCAUACAGAGCCUUAAUUUUUCCCUUUUCUUCCCAGUAAAGGUACAUUUAAUUAGAUUGUCCAUUCAGAGUAGUGUUUUAACAUAACAUUACAGUGGAAAACACUCCAUUACAUAUUCAUAAGCAAAUUACUGCACAUUUGAAAUUGUAUUUUACAAUUUAAUACCAGUGUUUUAGGCCUCAAUCUUAUCUUCAAAUCACUGGUAUUUUAAAUUUGGCAAUGAAUAUGAAAUUACUUUUCAACCUACAGAAUAAUUUUAUUGUUACUUAAAAUGCUUGUUAAUAUUUUAGAAAAGUUUAAACCUUCCCUUUUUAUGGAGCUAAUGUUUAAAUUCUUAUUAUCUUCAUAGCAUCUAGUAAGAGGAAAUAGUACUUACGUGAUUAAACAAAUUGGUAUAUACUUUCAAUAUAUUUUUUUUUAAUUUUUAAAUUUUAUCAUCAUUGGGGUUAAAUUUUGACUUGGUGUUCACUUACAAUGUAUAUUAACAGUUCAACUAUGAAGUGAAAUAUUCUGAAAUAUGUAUGAUGCACCUGCAUAUAAAUGACAAUGGUGUGCACAAAGACACUUUACUCUGGGAACUGUACUGGAAGAUUUAUGAAAGCAUGUGAAAUUGCACCUAAAAUUGUGUUAUUAGUGACUAUAAGCAGCAAUGCUAAAUUUAUUGUACUUGAUGAAUGAAUGUACUUAAUGUACUUAGUCUAGUCUCAGUUACCUUAGUUUCAAUGUCUAAUGUCGCUAGUUUUUCGUUUUUAAAUGUACUUGUUAUUUGUAUUGAUGGGGGUAUUCUUGAACUGUGGGGGUUAUUGUCAAUAUGUGGUUUGUGUUUUUAUUUUAUAUAAUCAUCUAAUGUGAUAUACUGAUUUUUUUGUAACUUAAGUGAUAUUUAGAUAAUUCUAAUAACUGUAUAUUUGACAACCUAUUAAAACGUUUUGC